AUGCGUUUCUUUUUGGCGGCCAUUGGCCGGGGUUUAUGCAUAGAACUCGCAGGAUUCCCAGUCGGCAGCCUGUACCCGUUCAUUCUUCUAGUCAUCUUGGUUGUCUUGGUCGUUAUGAGAUCCCAACACCACUCGGCUCAACAGGUCCAACCAGUGGUGGAAAUUAUCAGGACUCACGAGGUUGCGCACAACGGAGACGCCGGAGACGGCGUGGAUGGUGGUAGCUUGCUUGUGAGCAAUCAAGCUGACGCCAUUGUUCUUGCAAAGGGCGACCUCCCGAGUCGUCUGUAUUCAGUGUGCGCGGCUUACGCCUUCGCCUCGCUCACGCAUACACCGACCGUUGCGCUGUGGCCCUCGGACGCACACAUGCCGCAUGUGCGCUUCCACCAUCUCUUCUCGACUCGUCAUAGCGAAGAGUACAGUACCGCGGACAGCGCAGACGGCGCGAAAAGUACGGAGGAGUUGAGCAGGAACGGGUGGCGGUACCUGCGCGUGAAGGAUUCGGCCAUCGCGAGCGAUGAUUUGAAAAAAGGGCUCAAUUCCAACCGUCGCACGGUGUUCCUUUCUCCAUGCGAGUCCGCAGAACAGCGGCAGCAGCAGCAGCCACAGGGCAACGAGGAGACAGCAACCGGCGGAGAGGAGGGGAAGGGAGCGCAGGGCGGAAGCGAGCUCGCGAAAGCGGCUCCGUUUGCGCUCUACAUGCCACCAGAGGGCGCUGGGCCAAAGGUAACAGACGAGGGACGGUCAGAAGCAGCAGCAGCGGGAGAAACGGCAGUGGAUGCGACAGCGGCAGGGGAGGAGAUUUCAGUGGCGCGGUGCGAGUACGAGCGCGAGGUGGAUCGGUGCUUGGCGUCGCUACAGCCGUCCGUUGACGUGGCGAGACUGGUGGCGAAGGAGGAGUUGGAGGCCGUAGAAGCAACCGUAGCAGUUCACCUGGACGACCUUGCUCCCCGCGGCUGUUCCGGCUGCCGCGCCGCUACCACAUCAGGCGCCUCCGCCGCGCUGUGCGCCAUGCGCCGCAUCGCCAUGGAGUCUCUUAAAGACCCCUCGCUGCGCUUCACCCUCGGCUCCCCUUCCCCCGCGCACGCCGCCACUGUGACUACGUACUUCGACCCCCUGCGCGCGCCCCUGCUGCUCCGCGCGGGAAAGGAGCGGCGGAAAAAAGCGGGGCGGGAUCCGAUUCUGCUGUGCCAUCAGCUACGGGUGUCGGAGCUCUUCACUCUCAGCCGCGCCCAGGGCUUCCUCCCCAUCAACUCGUCCUCGAUAGAAGCGCGUUUCGUUAUAGCGCAGGGGAGGGCUCGGUCGGCAGAGUUUGAGGUGGCGGCGUCGGUGUGCGGGUCGGAGGAGGUGCUCCCCAUCCCGCAGCAGAAGUGGGCCAAGUUCACCUUCGUCGAAGAGCGACUGGGAAUGGCCUACUGCGGUAUUCCCGAGGUGGCCUCCACCACGUGGCUGCAGUGGAUUCGCGCCCAGAGCGGCCUGCCUUUCACGGACAGGGAGCCGCUUAUAAGGGAGACGGGGCUGCACCGCCUCUCAGCCAACUUCACAGAGAAAGAGGCGGUGCGGCUGCUGUUGCGGCCGGGCAUGUUCCGCUUCACGUUUGUGCGCAACCCCUUCACGCGUGCCCUCUCUGCCUACCUCUCCAAGCUCGCCUACACCUCCUCCAUCACCGCCUCGCACCGCGGCUACAGGCAGUCGCCCAGGCAGCUCUGGGCAAAGGCGUUUUUCCGCCACGUGUGGCAGCAGUACGAGGAGGUGAGGGCACCGGAGGGUCUGGUGACGUUCCGAGCGUUCCUGAGGCUCGUGGACGCACUCAUGCAGGGCCACAGGGCCACCAUGAACCGCCACCUCUCGCCCCAGGUGGACAUCUGCAAUCUGAACGGCAUCAAGUACGACUAUGUGGGACGCUUUGAGCACUUCAAGCGGGAUGCGGAGAGAAUGGCGUCUGAGUAUGGGGGGAAGCACCUGGACGUGUUUGAAAUCGACCCCAGCGCGCACGUUGUCACCAACAGGAGUGUCAUCAAAUACUAUAAUGAGGAGGCUACUAAGCUGCUUAUGCAGGUCUACAAGAUGGACUUCCGUACCGCCAAGGAUGAAGCGUUGCCGUGUGGUCACUAUCUCUGUCUCGCCUGCGGUGCGGACCUCGGCCUAUCAUCGUCCGCCAUCUUUCCGCGCGCUGUUCGCUUCGACGCCGGGAAUCGCGGCUCCAUCUCCUUCGAGCGAAGCAGCGUCGAUGCGAAGCAGCUCGCUAUAGUCACAACCACGGAGAGUCGCUGGGGGCCUUUCUUUGAGAGCACCAACUCGUUCGGGAUUCAUCGCGAACGCACCAUCAUGCGCUGCCGAGCCUGCCAUGCCAGGCUCGGCACGGUCAUGGACGAUGGUCCGUGCGUGGGUAGGAUGCACUCUGGGUUGGGCCCGAGCCAGUUUUCAGAACGAGUGGGACGGUAUAGGGUUUGGCGCAAGGCAGUUAUGUUUCAGGAAGGGCCGUGCGGGGAGGAAGGUGGGGUGGUGGAUGGAAAGGGUGCAGUGAAGGGUUGA